GCUCAACAUUUACAUUACAUGGGGUGCGGGCUGGUGUCAACCGGCGUCUCCUGGUGCAGCCAUGUUGCAGCUGGAAUCUGGGAUGACCCAGGAUGAGAUCAAUAAAUGCUCAUUGGCAGCUAGCAAUGCGUGGGCCGACGAAUGUAUGGCAAAGGCCAUCGCCCCCUCCAAGGCCAAUGUGCAGGCAGUGGCAAUCCGAGGGGCAGGCCCUGCUGACAAGAUCACUGUCAAAACAGAUCCAAGUGAUGUGAAGGUUGUAUCGAGCAACCGGCCAGAGUUUGAGAAGGUUUGGAACACCUAUGGCAGUAGUGCUGGCUCUGGCAGCUGCUCCAUUCCAAUCUACUACAAGCACCGGAGAAUUGAACUGGCUAGACUGGAAAAGAUGGACAAAGAUCAUGCAGCGCUGCAAGAGGCUGCAACCUUCCAAGCAAAGCGGGAAGCACAGAUUCAAGCCGAUGAUGCAGCCACCGAUAAGAAGCGUGCCAAGCGGCAGAAAAGAAAAGAUGCCAAAGCAAAGCAUAUCCAGAUGACGAAGGAGGCAGACGGCAUCAACCAGUUUGGGAGUGAUGGAAGCUUCCUAGAGCAGAUGGCCAAGAUGGACCCCAAGGCUCUUGAAGAGGAGGUUCAGAAGACCAAAGAGGCAGCUGCCCAAGCUGCGAAGGAAGCGGCCCUCGCCAAAGCGUCAACCAUCUCCGUUUCGCAGAUGAGCUCUGCGCAAAACAUCACAAUUCGAGAUGAUGAUUUCUGACGUGCACGGCUCACGGCUUGACGCAGGGCACUUUUCUGUUUCACAUGCUUGGGUCAGAACCGCAAUCAAAGACUACUUGUCCAAAGGUUGCUGCAGAUCAUGGGGCUGGCGACUUGGGUUGACACCCCCAAGUCUCAGAAACCCUGGAAGGCCAAAAGGGUGGACACGCUCAGCGGCAAAAGUCUAAGCACAGACAGCGGAGGAAAAGAUAAAAUGUGACCAAGAUGGGUCAUGCACCGUUUGCAGCAGAGUUGCUGGGUCUUGCGCCAACAACUCAGCAUGUCCGGCUAGCCAUCAUGUCGGGAAAAC